AUGGCGGUCCGUCUGAAGUCGAUGGGCAGCUUCGAGACUCGGCCGAUGCACAGAAGAGUUCGUCUCGAUCGAGCAGCAGAUGAUGCAUCGAAGCCAGGGCCCGAGCUCAAGGUUGUUCGGGAUCCUGGAGUGAUUCGACCGUCAUUCUGGGGUAGUCGACGCCUCGGCGUCGUUGGCCGCUACCAAUUGUAG